AUGCUGUACUGGUUCCGCUGUCCGCUACAAGGAUCCCCAGGACUUGGCCAGUCGCAGCUCCAUCCACAAAGCUUUCCUCCUCUGCAAAGUCUUCAUUGUUAUCGUCAUUUACUCACAAACAACCCAAUGAUGAAGAAGUCAACCUGCUGCCUCUGCCACAUCUUCUAUUGGAUGUUGGUUCAUUCAGGAAUUAUCAUUACUACUCCUCUCGUUGGAAUGGUCUCAGCAGGAGCAGCCUUUAGUGUGGAGGAUGCCUACAAUAGCAGACCACUGAGUGUAUUCUAUAAUGAAGAAGAUGAAAGUUGGUCGAUCACACCGGAAGACUUGAAGGAGAUUGUCUUGAGCAACAUUCACAAAGUUAGAAAUGGGGCGAAGAUAUAUGGGUCUGCCAUUGCCUUUGAGCCCAAUGUGUGGAGGCAAACAUUCGGUUUGGAAGCAGGAGUUCCUUUCCCAGCAGCCUCAGAUGCUUGUAUGAACCACCCCAGUGAGCUAUGCCAGUCAACCAGUGGUGAUUCCUCAUCCAACAACAGCAAUAGCAGCAUAAGUAGCAGCAGCCAUCGGCUUGAUACCUUGGCAAGCAACCCUCAGGGCGAGACACUUUAUUGCCCAUAUGCCUAUCAUGGACCUCCCUCCCAAGACUCCUUUGCAAACUGCUCCAAGGCAACCCCUGAGUUCUGUCCGACAAUGGACAUUGCUCAUUCCUAUGAUUACAGUGACACCAACAAUCCAGCUGAAUGGUUCACCGCACCUCGUUGUCUCUUUUUCAAGGAUGGCAUCAGAACAGGAUAUUGGACAGCACCAUACUUUGAUGAAGGAGCUGGAAACAUCAAUAUGGUCACGUUUUCUCAACCCAUUACUAAAGGUGACAAUUUUUUGGGAAUUGCUACAAUUGACAUUGAAGUUAUGGCCUUGUGCUAUGGCAACCAAUGUGACAAUGCAUGUCCUGCGGAGUUCUACAAGUACACCGUUUCUGACUGUAUCGGUCCUAGUGGCAAUCGAAUCAUCACCUAUACAACAGAAGACCCAUCGUGCCCCAUCAAUCCCGACCACCAGUCCAUACUGAGUUGCUCUUAUGUCCCAAUCUCCUCUACUGUUGGAAUCAUCUGUUACUCUCUGGGCAGUCUUGGAGCAGUUGUUUGUUUGGCUGUCCUGCUUUUGUUGUUUAUCCAUCGUGACUCAGCCCUCAUCCGUGCAUCCCAGGUCAACAUCAGCUGUUGCUUUGUCUUGGCAGCCAUGAUGACCAAUCUGUCUACCUUUGUCUAUAUUGGCGACUACCAAGGACACAAGUGUUCAGCCACCCUUUGGGCAGCAGGGCUGCCUGUCACCAUGUUCCUCUCGUUCCUGUUUGGAAAAGUUUACCGGACCUACCGAGUGUUCAUGAAGGCCAAGCAAUGUCAGCGUUAUAAAUUGUCUGAUUCAAAAUUGCUGCUCAAGAUCAGUGCUGUCAUUAUGGUUCAAAUUGUCAUUCUUUUGGUGUGGACGUUUGUAGAAGACCCACAUGUAGCUACUCGAACCAUGGUAGAGUCCAUUGACAGCCGAUACUGCGACGGGGAUGAUUGCUACCCAAUGGAAGAAUACUGUACACAGAAGCAUUAUGUUGUGGGCAUUAUUUCGCUUGCCUACAUCAUUCUUCUCGUGAUUGUUGGAUGUGUCCUCUCCUACCAGUCUCGAACACUACCAAAUUGCUUUUCAGAGGCAAAACAUGUCAUGCUUGCCAUGUACAACUUUGCUGUCAAUGCUACCCUAUUGCUUUUGGUAGAACUGGUUGGAGUCUUGAUCAUAUAUGCUCCCAAGUUUGUCAAGAUUUGGGAAACAUCUGAGAGCCAAAUGGAGGUCAUUGUUAGGGAUCGGCUGUCAGUGGUCAUGUGGAAAUCUGAGAGACCUAGCUCUAGGGCAAAGGGGCGCACAUUGACUUUGCCAGCCAAGCGAGAGAUAGAAAGGUCCGGAUGUACAACAGGGACCGCUGAUUCCUUGGGACGUGUUUGCAAAUCUGAUCCAGAACAGUUCGAAACUCCGCCUCAGUCCACAGCGGAAGUGACAGACCGCGGGCAAGAAGAGCUACUGCCGGUAGAAGGUGUAGCAAGCCAUGGGUUCGCAGAAAGAGACCGCGCAAAGCCAGAUUCGGCCUGA